AUGGAAGGAGAGAUCUACAAUUUCAUAAUAGUAUGGGCUAUUGUUUUAGCAAGUUUAUGUUAUUCUCACACCAUUGUCAAAUUCUUUCCCAAAGGCAAAUCAAGAUUUCUUGCUAUAAUUCCCAUUGUUUGUCUAUUUUUCAUUCUUCCUCUUUAUCUCACUUCCAUUAAUCUUGGUGGCACUACUUCUUUCUUCAUUGCAUGGCUAGCCAAUUUCAAGCUUCUUCUUUUUGCUUUUGGUCAAGGUCCUUUGUCAUCAACCCCACCUUUGCCACUUUCAACAUUCAUUCCCUUGGCUUGUUUGCCUAUAAAGUUUCAAAAGUAUUCAACUAGUGAUGUUGAAACCACCAAGAAGAGAACAAGGUCAACUUUGAAUCAUGUAACUAAGUUUGCACUUUUAGCCAUUUUGAUAAGGGUGUAUAGCUAUAAAGACUAUUUGCAUCCUAAAAUCAUUCUUUUCCUCUAUUGCCUACACAUUUACUUCAUGCUAGAGAUCAUAUUGACCAUGGUUAGUACCAUGGUUCGUGUCGUGACUCGAGUCGAGCUCGAGCCACCCUUUGAUGAGCCUUACUUGGCUAGCUCACUUCAAGAUUUCUGGGGUAAGAGGUGGAACCUCAUGGUAACCAAUAUACUUCGUCCGACCGUUUACGAUCCUGUACGGUCUAUAAUGUUAGACCGGAUCCCGAGGAAGUGGGCCCCACUUCCUGCUGUUCUCGCGACGUUCUUCGUCUCGGGGCUAAUGCAUGAAGUGAUUUUCUACUACAUUGGAAGAUUGAAGCCUAGUGGUGAAGUCAUGAUCUUCUUUCUCAUUCAUGGAUUGGCUUUGGCUCUUGAAAUUGUGAUCAAGAAAGUGUUGAAUGGCAGAAUUUGGAUUCCUAGAAUUAUCUCAGGACCAUUAGCACUAGCUUUUAUAAUUUUCACCAGCUUUUGGUUGUUCUUUCCACCAUUUUUGAGGGGUGAAACAGAGCUUAAAGCAUGUACUGAAUCUCUAGCUUUCUUAGAAUUCCUCAAGCAUGGCAAACUAGUUAGUCCAACUAAUAUCACAUGUCCACUCUUGUAA